GCGUAGUCGGGGACGCCGGGCCGAGGCUUUGCUAGGGAACUGACUGUUAUCGCCCCGCCCCCUCGGAGCUUUUUGUCCUGUUAACUGUCGGAGUGGCGGGGGUUCUGGCGCCGGGCGACAUGCCGGUGCGCUUCAAGGGGCUGAGUGAAUACCAGAGGAACUUCCUGUGGAAAAAGUCUUAUUUGUCAGAGUCUUGUAAUUCCUCCGUGGGGCGAAAGUACCCAUGGGCUGGACUUAGAUCAGAUCAAUUAGGGAUCACGAAAGAGCCAAGUUUUAUUUCAAAAAGAAGAGUCCCUUACCAUGACCCACAGAUUUCAAAAUCUCUGGAGUGGAAUGGAGCUAUCUCAGAGAGCAAUGUGGUUGGGUCACCAGAACCAGAAGCCCUGGAAACACCAAAAUCACAAGAAGCAGAACAAAAGGAUGUUACUCAAGAAAGAGUUCACUCACUAGAAGCUUCCAGGGUUCCCAAAAGAACCAGAUCUCACUCUGCAGACUCCAGAGCUGAAGGGGCUUCAGAUGUGGAAAAUAAUGAGGGUGUAACAAACCAUACACCAGUUAAUGAAAAUGUGGAACUGGAACAUUCUACCAAGGUUCUUUCAGAAAAUGUAGAUAAUGGGGUAGGCAUAUUCACUGCAUUUCUUUUCAAAAGCAUAGAAUUCUUUGUUGGUUUCGUCGUCAUUUCUGUAAUAUUACAUUUUGUGUUUCAGAAUUUUCCAUUGUUGUUUUCUUGUCUAAUGUCUAUAAGAAUAGUUGAUAACAGGCUGUUGACUUUAGUUAUUGUGAAUUAGUUCUAUUCUGACUACUCGCUAUUUUGUAGUAGUUACACUAUGAUAUCUGUUUAUUGGAUGGACCUCCUGUGUCUGGAUUUUAUUCAUCAUAUAUUAGCACCUGAGUCCUAAGGGAGAGAUCAAGUUGAGACAGAGAAGGGAAGUAGGCCCUUACUUCUGGCAGGGUGCUGAGCUGACUUCUACCUAGCCCCUUUUCAGUUUCUUAUCGUGUACAAGAAGACAAACAGAAACUCAAUUGAUGAAAUGCAAAAGGAAGGAGAGCUCUGGCUGUCUCUCAGAGAUCUUGCAUUUCUGCUCUCUUAUGUCACAGCUGGCCUGCAGCAGGUCCCUGUGAGCACAUAAGCAGAGGCUGCAGGAACUUGCCUGGGGAUCUUUAUGCCUUCCACAUUUCUUUCUCCAUUCUCUUCCACUGCUCUUCUCUGGUUCAUGUCCACCGCUGACUGGGACCCUGAAGAGGCAUUUCAGAGUGUUGGAGAAGAAUCUGUAGCUUGUUGAAAAAGCUGGGGGUGAAAGGGAACAAGGAAGGUGAUGUGUGAGUCUGGCAGGCAGGAGAAGGGGUGUUCAUAGAAGCAGUGUGCAGAUGAGGCAAAGUGCUGGGACUUUUUGGUAAUAGAUUUAAUUAUGAAUGAUUAAUAGGAAAGGACUGAGAGUAUUUUAUUUUUCCUAGGAUGCCUAAUAGUCCUUUGAUAGAAAGGAAUUUUAAAGGAAUUUUAAAUAGUUUGACAGUUGAAAAAAGAUACUAUUUAUAAGUUGAAGAAAGUUUGCUGUACCACAAUACGCAUGUAGUUAAUUUUGUACUGUAGUUUUAACAUUUUGUUAAGAGGAUAGAUUUCGUGUUAUGCAUUUUUUACCACAAUUUUUUAAAAGUUUGAAUAGAAAUUUUUAAUGUCUUUGAGUGGAUUUUUUUUUUUGAACAGUUGGAUAGACUUCUGCGUAAGAAAGCUGGAUUGACUGUUGUUCCUUCAUAUAAUGCCUUGAGAAAUUCUGAAUAUCAAAGGCAGUUUGUUUGGAAGACUUCUAAAGAAACUGCUCCAGCUUUUGCAGCCAAUCAGGUAGUUUAAUGGAUGUAAUACAUUUCUGAGUACCAUUAUCUUACUUAGUAAUGUAGAUUUACAUAGAAUUAAGAGUUGAAAGAAAUUAAGUACUUAAGUAGCCUGGAGGUAGGUUCUAGAAAACCAAAAUGAGAGUUUUGCUAAAAUCAUCCUGUUACUUAUGAUUUAUGGUAGUAAUAUUAUACUGUCCUAGGCUUCUGAUGAUCAUUGUUGCCAGAUGCAGCACAUAUACUAAAUAUGAGACAGGGUAAUGAAAACUUGGGGAACUGGUUUUCCACAAUAAAAGCCAGUUUGUUCCACCAUUCAAAGGUAACACAAUCAUCCAUGAAACUGAAUACAAAAGAAAUUUCAAGGGUUUAUCUCCAGUGAAAGAACCAAAAUUAAGAAAUGAUUUGAGAGAAAACAGAAAUCUUGAAACAGUGUCUCCUGAAAAGAAGAGUAAUAAAAUAGACAAUCCUUUAAAAUUGGAAGCAGAGAUGGAAUUAAAAGACUUACACCAGCCUAAAAAGAAGCUUACUCCUUGGAAACAUCAAAGGCUUGGGAAGGUGAAUUCCGAAUAUAAAGCAAAAUUUCUGAGCCCAGCUCAGUAUCUGUAUAAAGCUGGGGCUUGGACACGUGUGAAGGGAAACAUGCCAAAUCAGGGUUCUCUAAAUGCCAUGUGGUAUGCCGAGGUUAAAGAACUCCGAGAAAAGGCUGAGUUUUAUAGGAAGCGAGUUCAGGGGACGCAUUUUUCUCGGGACCAUCUGAAUCAGAUUCUAUCUGAUAGCAACUGCUGUUGGGAUGUCUCAUCAACCACAAGCUCAGAAGGAACCGUUAGUAGCAACAUCAGAGCAUUAGAUCUUGCUGGAGAUCCUAUAAACCAUAAGACUUUGCAGAAAUGUCCUUCUACAGAACCAGAAGAAAAAGGAAAUAUCGUGGAAGAACAGCCCCAGAAAAAUAACAUGGAGAAAUUGGGUGUGUCAGCUCCUACCAUACCUGUUAGAAGGCGUCUGGCUUGGGAUACAGAGAACACAAGUGAAGACGUACAGAAACAGCCCAGGGAGAAAGAGGAGGAGGACGAUGAAGAGGAAAGGGACAGGAAAACGGGCAAGCAGGCUUUUAUGGGAGAGCAAGAGAAGUUGGAUGUACAUGAGAAAUCUAAGGCAGAUAAGAUGAAAGAAGGGUCAGAUUCUUCUGUAUCCUCAGAAAAAGGAGGCCGGCUUCCUACUCCCAAGCUGACAGAACUUGGUGGAAUCCAGAGGACUCAUCAUGAUCUCACUACUCCAGCUGUUGGUGGUGCUGUUUUAGUGUCUCCAUCUAAGAUGAAGCCUCCAGCCCCAGAACUGAGGAAAAGAAUGACCUCUCAGGAUUGUUUAGAAACUUCAAAGAAUGAUUUUACUAAGAAAGAAAAUCGUGCUGUAUCCCUACUGACUUCUCCAGCUGCUGGUAUAAAAACAGUUGAUCCUCUGCCUUUGCGGGAAGAUUCUGAAGACAAUAUCCCCAAAUUUGCUGAGGCAACUCUUCCAGUUUCAAAAAUUCCAGAAUACCCAACAAAUCCCCCUGGAAAGUCGACUUCUCCACCACAUGUUCCAUCCUACUGGCAUCCCUCUCGUCGAAUUCAGGGCUCUCUUAGAGAUCCAGAGUUUCAGCACAAUGUGGGAAAAGCAAGGAUGAACAAUUUGCAGUUACCUCAGCAUGAAGCCUUUAAUGAUGAAGAUGAGGACAGAUUGUCUGAGAUUUCUGCUCGCUCUGCAGCUUCUAGUCUCCGGGCUUUUCAAACUCUGGCAAGAGCUAAGAAAAGGAAGGAGAAUUUCUGGGGUAAAACGUAAACCUAGUUGAGUUGCCUUUAUCUAAGGAAACAUUGGCAUAAUUUUUCUUUAUUGCGUACUGUGUUAAAAUUUUUUGAGUGUUUGAAUUUUUUCCUGACAUUUUCUACUUUGAAAUAUUUAAUUUCCAAUAGAACAGUUUACUUGGAAAUUUUUAACAUAGGCUUAUACAAAUUUAACUUUUAAAGAAUUCUUUUUACGUCUAUCCCAGAGUACAAAGACCUAGACUAUUGAAUUCUUCACAUGUUGUAACUUUUGUAAUAGGUGUCAUGGAUAGAUUUUCACCUAUCCAGAGAAUAUUCUAAAAAGAUAAAGUGAAGUAAAAGUUAAGAUCCCAGUGUGAAGUAUAUAUUCCCCUAAGAUUUGAUAUAUGUAUCUUUAUAAUUGAUGAUGUUGUAAAAUGAAUUUGUCGUUCCUUUAACCUUUGCUGUAGUGUUUCUUUUUAUUUUAGUUCCUUCUAUACGUGUUUGCAGUGUUAAGAUAAUUGUACUUUGAAAACACCAGCUGUAUAUAUUUUCCUUAUUUAUGUAACAAAGUUUGCUGAAAGAUAUGUAUAUUUUUGAUCUUUGAGUGUAUUCUAUUUGUAUAAGGACUUUGGCUUACAUUUGAAUAAUGUCUAGAUUUUGAAAAAUUACCUGUAUAAUGGAGAAUUAAAACUUUGUAGACAUUUUGAAAUAAAAAUUGAUCAAGUGUG